AUGUAUAUGUAUAUGUAUAUACUCUCUCUCAUAUCCUUCGAAUCCAGUAUAUAUAUAGUAGAGAAUGGAGGUUAUCUGGUGAAAGAGCGAAAAAACCACCAAACGGCUAUUAUUGACGUUACAGAGACAGCGAGGCAGGGGAUAUACAGAGAGACACACGCAGACAGAUUGAGAGAGAGAGAGAGGAAGAGAGGGAGAAAGGGAUUGGGCAUUGAGAGAUCGUCGGUUCUGUUUGGGGGGUUUGGUUUUUAAAAAAAAAAAUUAUUAUUUUCCAAAAUUUUCGGGAGGGGAUUUUGGCCUCUGGUUUUUGUUGAUCUGGUUCGAGGAGGAUCUGAAUUUUUGUGGGUUUGUAAGGGAAAGCGGAAAUUUAGCAUAGAUAAUUCAAUUUAGUGUUAAUCAUGUCUGAUGAGUAUUAUAAUUCCAAGAAGACUGAUGAUAUCUGCGAGGAAGUUUGUGGCCAGGCGUCCCGUGUAGCAUCAGGCAUGUCCAGAUUGCGGUGCAUCUUGAGAGGAUUGGAUUUCAAGACUUACAUAUUUUUGUUUGUGGUGGUUCCAUUGUGUCUUUUUGUAGGGUAUUUACAUGGCCAGAAAAUCUCCUAUUUUCUGAGGCCUUUAUGGGAAUCUCCUCCUAAACCCUUUCAGGAAAUCCCUCACUAUUAUCAUGAGAAUGUGUCGAUGGAGACUUUAUGCAGACUUCAUGGGUGGGGAAUUCGCGAAUCACCGAGAAGAGUCUUUGAUGCAGUGUUGUUCAGUAAUGAAGUAGACAUUCUUACCCUUCGUUGGAAGGAAUUGUAUCCUUUCAUAACUCAGUUCGUGCUUCUUGAGUCGAACUCGACAUUUACUGGCUUGCCCAAACCAUUGCUCUUCUCGCUGAACCGUGAUAAAUUCAAAUUCAUAGAGCCGCGGCUAACUUAUGGGACGAUUGGGGGUAGAUUUAAGAAAGGAGAAAACCCAUUUAUCGAAGAGGCAUAUCAGAGAGUAGUACUAGAUCAGCUUCUUAGAAUAGCAGGAAUAGAGGAUGAUGACUUGUUGAUAAUGUCUGAUGUUGAUGAGAUUCCUUCUGCCCACACAAUUAACCUCUUGAGGUGGUGCGACGACAUCCCUCCCAUUCUUCAUCUUCAGUUGAGGGACUACUUGUACUCUUUUGAGUAUUACGUAGAUAACGAAAGUUGGAGAGCUUCGGUUCACAGAUAUCAGAGGGGAAAGACCAGAUAUGCACAUUAUCGUCAGGCAGAUGUCCUCUUGUCCGAUUCAGGGUGGCAUUGUAGCUUUUGCUUUCGCCAUAUCAGUGAGUUCAUAUUUAAAAUGAAAGCAUACAGCCAUUAUGACCGGGUGAGGUUCUCUCAUUUUUUGAAACCCUCUAGGAUUCAGGACAUAAUUUGCAAAGGGGCUGAUCUGUUUGAUAUGAUUCCUGAGGAAUACACAUUCCAGGAAAUAAUUGCAAAGAUGGGACCGAUCCCUCGUUCCUAUUCCGCUGUGCAUCUCCCUUCAUUUUUAUUGAAUAACGCAGAGAAGUACAAGUAUCUAUUGCCUGGUAAUUGCAAAAGGGGAAGUGGCUGAUUCUCUUUGAAAUAAUAAGCUUGAAGAUGCAGAUUUUGCUAUGGGCUCUGUUUGAAUACUGAUGGCCAUGGCGUGGCAUGGUUGAUAGAAACGAUAGAGGUAUAACUUAUCUGACAAAUCUCGAUCAUUCUUUAGACACCGGAAGAGCUUGAUGGGUCCUUGAUUUUGGGGGGAAAAUUAUGUACAUUCUGUUUACAUGGAGGUAUAAUCUAGAUUUAUCCAUUCAGGGAUCUUAUUUGAGGUCCAAUAGCACUUUUGUUUGUAGAAUGCUCAUGUUUCGAUCCCCUUCAUGAGAUUAGAACUGAUUUAUCCCAGGUUUCUAUGGUGGGAAUUUUUGUUCAGAUGCUUCUUUUCCUUUUGCUUUGCUCCUAAUAACAGUCAUUCCAAUGCUGAUUUAUCGUCUAUUA